GCACACAGUUAGCUUGGAGCUUGACUUCGACGCAGGCGAGUAAAAACGAAUAACGAGCGCAAAGCGUAACGCGCAUAACACGUGAGAAUUCUAAUUGAAAGUACUGCAACUCCAAAAUGUCAACACCAACGUCGAUUGAGGGCUACAAACUGGGCAAGGCGCUGAUCGAGGGUAAAACCAAGGUGGUAUACAAUCUGCCCGAGCAGCCCGGACUAUGUUUGCUGCUGAGCAAGGAUCGCAUUACCGCUGGCGAUGGCGUCAAGGCGCACGAUCUGGCUGGCAAAGCUGAAAUCUCCAACACAACAAAUGGACUGGUGUUUCGCCUACUCAACGAGGCUGGUGUGCGCACCGCCUACGUGAAACAGUGCGGCCCCAAGGCUUUCAUUGCCCGCAAAUGUGAGAUGAUACCCAUUGAGUGGGUUACACGCCGCCUGGCAACCGGUUCCUUUCUGAAGCGCAAUGUGGGCGUGCCGGAGGGUUACAGAUUCUCGCCACCCAAACAGGAGACAUUCUUCAAGGACGACGCCAAUCACGAUCCACAAUGGAGCGAUGAACAGAUUAUUUCCGCCAAAUUCGAUCUAAACGGACUGCUCAUUGGCCAGGAUGAGGUGGAUAUUAUGCGUCGCACCACACUGCUGGUGUUUGAGAUAUUGGAGCGAGCCUGGCAGACACGCAACUGCGCACUGAUUGACAUGAAGGUGGAGUUCGGUGUGGAUGCCGAUGGCAACAUCGUGCUGGCCGACAUUAUCGACUCGGAUUCAUGGCGCCUGUGGCCGGCUGGUGACAAACGUUUGAUGGUCGAUAAGCAGGUCUAUCGCAAUCUCACAUCGGUCACCAGCAGCGAUCUGGAUACGGUAAAGCGUAACUUUAUCUGGGUAUCGGAGCAGCUGGCCGAUAUUAUACCCAAAAAGGAUCAUCUUGUCGUUAUACUCAUGGGCAGCGCCUCAGACACUUCGCACAGCGAGAAAAUUGCCACCAGCUGCCGCUCGCUGGGCCUCAAUGUGGAGCUGCGCGUUAGUUCAGCACACAAGGGGCCCGAGGAGACAUUACGCAUUGUGCGUGAGUACGAGUCCGUGAUGAGCAACUUGAUCUUUGUCGCGGUAGCUGGACGUUCGAACGGCUUGGGUCCGGUUGUCUCUGGCAGCACCAACUAUCCGGUGAUCAAUUGCCCGCCCAUCAAGUCGGACAACAUGCAGGUGGACGUUUGGUCCAGUCUUAAUCUGCCCUCUGGUCUGGGCUGCUCCACCGUCUUCUAUCCGGAGGCCGCUGCGCUCCAUGCUGGCACUAUUUUGGGCUUGGGCAAUUUCAUGAUCUGGUCUAAGCUGCGCGUCAAGCAGCUUAACAAUUUUGUUACCCUGAAGAAAGCCGACAAGGAGCUGCGCGGCGUGCGCAAUGUCUGAAUGAAUUCCAACAUUUUUUUUUUAUAUAAUUUUACUUUAUAAUUUCGCACACACAUCUAACGCUUAGCUUAGUAUGGGCAAAUACAAAUUUUUGAAAAACUUAA